UUCUCUCUCGAACACCUUUCUCUGUCACACAGAUUGACACGCAGCCAAGAAAACAACAUUCAGAGAAAGAAACCGAAAGGAAAGAAAGAAAGAGGGAUUGGCUGUGAUGAAUUGGUUAAGGUAAAUAGAAGAGUAUUGAAGCUGGAAAAAGGAGGAUGAGUUGUUUGUCAUGCAGUCCAUGGCCUACAGUCACUUUGCUGGUUCUGCAUUUUCUUCACAUUCUCCUCAGAGAGACUGCUGCUGCUCUCCUUAUAUCCGUAAUUGCAAAAUCAAGAAUCCUUCACCUGCCGUUCUGGUUUCCUCUUUCAGUGAUAGAAGACCUCCCUACAACACUCUUGUCUUCCAGGCUGUCAGGCUCUUGGGUCCUCCAGCUAGAUUUGAAGCUUCAAAACUGAAGGUUGUAUUCUCAAGAAAAGAGGCAGAUACUUACGAGAGAAUUGUGCCAAGGACCUACACCCUCUCCCACUGUGACUUUACAGCAAAUUUGACACUAACUAUCUCAAAUAUUAUCAACCUAGAUCAGCUGAGGGGGUGGUAUAGCAAGGAUGAUGUGGUUGCUGAGUGGACAGAAGUGAAGGGGAAUCUGUUCCUAGAUGUUCAUUGUUAUGUCAGUGGGCCAAAUUUUUUGCAAGAGCUGGCUGCAGAGUUUAGAUACCACAUAUUCUCCAAGGAAUUGCCUUUGGUUCUUGAGGCUGUGCUAUAUGGGGACUCAGCUCUUUUCAAAGAGAAUCAAGAACUAAUGGAUGCCAUAGUUCGUGUAUACUUUCAUUCUAGCUCAAAGAAGUACAAUCGCCUGGAAUUUUGGGGGCCACUCAGGGAGGCCAUAAAGGGUAAACGAGAAGAUAAAAAACAUGGGUUCUUACCAAGAGGCAAUAAAGAAUCUCCACGUCCAAAGCUUUGGGGGAGUCCGAAAUCAAUCUUCCAAGCACUUUUUGCCUUCCUUCUAUAAUUUGGUCUAUGAAAAGUACUAAAAUAGCCACUGGAGAUUGAAGCCAUUCUCCACGAGGUACUUGAGGGCAGCAACCAGAAUAUCAUGUUGUAGGGAGCUGGUAAUCGGUCGAUAAGUAUUGGACACUAAUUGAUAAGAAUUGCUUUCAAGUUCAUUUGAUUAUUUCGUA